AUGGCAGCCAAGAGCAGAGUUUUGGUGGUCGGUACCGGUGGUAUCGGCACGAUGUCGGCCUAUGCCCUGGAGCAGGGUGGUUUAGCAGAGGUUACCGCUGUCAUGCGCUCCAACUAUGAUGCCGCCACGACGCAAGGAAUCGACAUUGACUCGGUCCAAUGGGGUCAGAUCAAGGCCUGGAAGCCAACUGCAAUCACCAAAACCGUCCCCGACGUCACUAAGGGCGACACUGCACCCUUUGACUACAUUCUUGUUACCACCAAAAAUAUCCCUGAUGUCUCUCCGACAGUCGCAGAUAUCAUUGCCCCCGCUGUGACACCGGGUAAGACAGCUAUUGUCCUUUCCCAGAAUGGUAUCAACAUCGAGAAGCCUCUUGUCGCCCGCUUCCCUUUCAACCCCCUCAUUAGCAGCGUUGCCUACACUGGUGCAACCGAAACCGCCCAUGCCAAGAUUUAUAACGACGACCCCGACUGCCAGAAGAUCGGUGCUUUCCCCAACCUAGACAACCAGGUUCCUGUGGAAAUAUCCGUUGAGGCAGCUCAACGCUAUGUUAAGAUCUAUAACCCAGAGGGUAAGCUCGACGUUAUCUAUGAUGCCGACGUCGCCAAGGUUCGCUGGCGCAAGAUUGCCUACAAUGGCUCAAUGAACCCCAUUGCUUCGAUUCUGGGCAUGGAUACACCUCGUAUGCGCAUGAGCAAGCACGUUGUUGAUGAUUUAAUCCUGCCUAUCAUCCUGGAGGUUCGCGCCAUUGCGGCAGCUAGUGGAAUCAUACUGCAAGAUAAUCUGGUUGACGCUGUGCUCCACCAAGAUCCUAUCGACACCGCUUUCAAGCCUAGCAUGUGCCAGGACUAUGAGAAGGGAAACCUUAUGGAGAUCGAGAACCUUGUCGGAGAGCCGCUGCGUGAAGCUGAGAGACUCAACGUUCCUGCUCCAACCCUGAAGGUCGUUUAUGGUAUCGUGAAGGGACUUCAGCUUAAGGUCAAGGAGAACAAGGGUCUCUGGGAGCCAAAGUUCGAGGCUGGGAAUCCUUAUAAAUAG